AUGUUUAUCCUAACCAAAAUCUCCGACCUGGUACAAAUUGCGCCAGAAGACUUUUCCAAGCGCAGUAUAAUCGCCAUUGAAGACAACAUUAAUGCAAAAUACUCCAACAAGGUUAUUCAGAAAAUCGGCUUAUGCAUAUGCCUAUAUGAUAUUCUAUGGACGUCAGAGGGACUCAUUGGCAAUGGUACGGGACUGGUCAAUGUAAAUGCCGAGUUUCGAAUGAUUGUCUUUCGCCCAUUCAAAGGUGAAGUCCUCAUCGGCCGCAUACGUAGCUCCACGCCAGCCGGUAUCAAUGUACGGACAGACUUCUUCGACGACAUCUUUGUGCCGUUUGAGGAGCUGCCUCCUGGUGCUGAAUACAACCACUCUGAACAGCUAUGGAUCUGGAGUGUGGAUGAGCAGAGACUAUUCUAUGAUACCCACGAAAUGGUGCGCCUACAGGUGGUUGAUGAGGAAUGGCACGACCAGACCCCCAUUGGCCCUACACAGGCUGAAGACUCGCCUAUCAAGACACCCUACCGCAUCAAAGGCAGCAUGGCUAAGGAAGGUCUCGGCGUUUGCCUUUGGUGGGACUCAUAG